AUGUCCAAGGUCAUGCGAAGCGUCAAGAACGUGACCAAGGGUUACUCCAGCGUCCAGGUCAAGGUCAGAGAAGCCACCAGCAACGACCCAUGGGGUCCGACCGGAACUCAGAUGAGCGAAAUCGCUCAACUCACGUACAAUACAUCCACCGAGUUCUAUGAGAUCAUGGACAUGCUCGACAAGCGAUUGAACGACAAGGGAAAGAACUGGAGGCACGUCCUGAAAGCGUUGAAGGUCCUGGAUUACUGCCUGCACGAGGGUUCCGAGCUCGUCGUUACAUGGGCGAGGCAGAGCAUUUACAUCAUCAAGACAUUGCGCGAGUUUCAAUACGUUGACGAAGACGGUAGAGACGUUGGCCAGAAUGUGCGUGUCGCUGCCAAAGAACUUACAGCCCUCAUCUUGGACGAGGAGAGGCUACGAGCCGAGAGAAGCGAUCGCAAGUCAUGGAAGUCUCGCGUCACCGGCCUCGAAGAGUUCGCACCUCAGCAUACUAGCCCUACGCAGCCGCGCGUCCGACGCCGGAUGAGUAACGAGGACGACACCGAGUAUAGACUUGCCAUCGAGGCCAGCAAGCACCAGGAGGAGGAGGAUCGCCGGAAAAGAGCUAGCCGUGCUGCUCACGAAACCGAAGAUGACGAUCUCGCCAAGGCCAUAAAGCUAAGCAAGGAGGAGGACGAGCGACGCCGACGUGAGAUGGAAGAUACCAAUGCUUCACUACUCUUCGAUGACACCCCCGUCCAGACGACGCAACCCCAAUACACCGGCUUCAACCAAGGGUAUCAGCAGGGAAGUGCCGUUGACUUCUUUGCGAACCCCAUCGACCAAAACCAGCUUCAGCCGCAACCCACCGGUUACAUGCCCAAUGCCUACACGGGCUAUCAGCAGCCCCAAGCGACCGGUUUCCCCAACGGCUACGGUGGUGGUGUGUAUGGAAUGCAGCAAAACAUGACUGAUCCCUACGGCCAGCAGCAGCAGGGCUUUCAACCGCAGCCAACGGGCUACAACCCUUAUGCUCAAGCACAGGUUCAGAGUCCCGCCCCCCAAGAACCUGUUGCACAGCCUGGGAGCAACAACCCGUGGUCCACUGGCUCGAUGAAGCCGGCCAACCCGAUGAAGCCCAUGCAGACGGGCUCAAACAAUCCGUUUGCCUCGUCGUUCAGCCGGCCGCAGCCCCAGAGCCAGUCGUCCAUGCCCGCUCUACCUGAGCAAAAGACCCUAUCCACUUUUAGCCAGCCCAGCUAUAGCCAGCCAAGUUUCAACCAACCGCAGACGAAUUCCAACCAAGGCGUCAACACGUUCGGGGCCCCGCAGAAGGAGCUUACUGAGCAUGAAGCGAAGCUCAAUGCUCUGCUUGCCGGAGGAGACGGUAUGGACACGUUCGGCAACACGGGCCAGACGCGUAUCCCCGCGCAGCACACGGCCCCUGGGACGUUCGUUAACAGCGCGGGCAGCGGUGCGCAACGUCUUACGGCGGAGGCGACGGGGAGCAACCCAUUCCUUCGAUCACAGUAUACAGGCAUGCCCAACAUCUCUUACGGCGGUACGCAAAUGCCUGCCGCGACGGGUCCCGCUGGUAUCAAUGGAAGCAACAACCCAUUCGCGGCAACGAGGCCACCGCAGCAGAAUUCCCAGCCGCAAGACCUCAUUCAAUUUUAA